AGCGUGUGGCCUGUCAGCACUCGCAGCCGCUGGAGCAUCGCGCUCGGGGCCGGCGGCGGCGCUGGGGGCGCAGAUGCGAGCCUUGAAGGAGCCACUUUUGUGGUCAGAAAUCGGUAGGACGCAGUAGGGUCACGUGGAAUCACCUCUUCCUGAGGACUGAUCAAGAACGGAAAGACCUUGAAGCAGCCUCACCUGCUACUCCAGGCCCACAACUAUAGAGCAUCCCACCUUUGGCAUGGAAAGGCAAACUAGGAGAGACAAGGACAGGAGGAAGGCCCACCCCUCUCUUCCAUCAGACGAGAUGUGCCGCUGAGGAGGGCAGCUGAGACUCCCUGACCAGUGUUCACAUCACCUCUCCUGCCCUUGCUUGGCACAAAAGUGGGGGACGUUCCUCGAGUCUCACGUGGAGGCCCUCUGCCACCAAGGAGCUUUCCAGGAUGUCUGCCUCUCUGGAGGGCCUGAGCAUGAGCGGAAAAGUCCCCAACAUAACAGUGGACCAGUGCUUCCAGUCUCGAAGCACUGUCCUCCAGGGGCAGCCCUUUGGAGGGAUUCCCACCGUGCUGUGCCUCAACCUAAUCUUGUGGGUGGUUGUCGUUUUGUUGUACUCGUUCCUUCGGAAGGCCGCGUGGGACUACGGGCGCCUGGCUCUGCUGAUCCACAACGACAGCCUGACCUCACUGAUCUACGGGGAGCAGAGUGAGAAAUCGUCUCCCUCAGAGGUUUCCUUGGAGAUGGAACGCAGGGACAGGGGCUUCUGUGCCUGGUUCUUCAACAGCAUAACCAUGAAGGACCAGGAUCUGAUCAGCAAGUGCGGGGACGAUGCUCGCAUCUACAUCAUGUUCCAGUACCACCUCAUCAUCUUCGUGCUCGUCCUCUGCAUCCCCUCUCUGGGCGUCAUUUUGCCCAUCAACUACACGGGAACUGUUCUGGAUUGGAACAGCCACUUUGCUCGGACGACCAUUGUCAAUGUCUCCACAGAGAGUAAGUUACUGUGGCUGCAUAGUGUCUUCGCCUUCCUGUACUUCAUCACCAACUUCAUCUUCAUGGGGCAUCACUGCUUGGGCUUUGUGCCCAAGAAGAAUCUCAAGAUCACAAGGACGCUGAUGAUCACCUAUGUGCCAACUGAUAUCCAAGACCCAGACAUUAUCAUCAGGCACUUCCAAGAGGCCUAUCCAGGUUGCGUGGUGACCAGAGUCCACUUUUGCUAUGACGUCAGGAACUUGAUCGACCUGGACGAUCAGAGGCGCCAUGCCAUGCGGGGCCGGCUGUACUACACGGCCAAGGCCAAGAAGAGUGGGAAGGUGAUGAUCAAGACGCACCCCUGCUCCCGCCUCUGCUUCUGCAAGUGCUGGACCUGCUUCAAGGAGGUAGAUGCGGAGCAGUAUUACAGUGAGCUGGAGGAGCAGCUCACUGAUGAGUUCAAUGCCGAGCUCAACCGUGUUCGGAUGAAGAGGCUCGACCUGAUCUUUGUCACCUUCCAAGACUCGAGGAUGACGAAGCGCAUCCGGGAUGAUUACAAGUACGUGCACUGCGGUGUGUACCCCCAGCAGUCCUCAGUGACCACCAUUGUCAAAUCCUACCAUUGGAGGGUCGCAUAUGCCCCUCACCCCAAAGACAUCAUCUGGAAACACCUGUCCAUCCGCCGCUUCAGUUGGUGGGCCCGCUUCAUCGCAGUCAACACUUUCCUCUUCUUCCUCUUCUUCUUUCUCACCACGCCCGCCAUCAUCAUCAACACCAUCGACAUGUACAACGUUACCCGCCCCAUCGAGAAGCUGCAGAGCCCGAUCGUGACCCAGUUCUUCCCCUCCCUGCUUCUGUGGGCCUUCACAGUCAUCAUGCCUCUGAUGGUCUACUUCUCUGCCUUCCUUGAGGCUCACUGGACCAGGUCGAGUCAGAAUCUGAUCAUAGUGAACAAGUGCUACAUCUUCCUGGUGUUCAUGGUGGUCAUCCUUCCCUCCAUGGGACUGACCAGUCUGGAUGUCUUUUUACGCUGGCUCUUUGACAUCUACUAUCUAGAGCAAGCAACCAUCCGAUUCCAGUGCGUGUUCCUGCCAGACAACGGUGCGUUCUUCGUCAACUACGUGAUCACGGCGGCCUUGCUGGGCACAGGCAUGGAGCUGAUGCGCCUGGGGUCGCUCUUUGUGUAUAGCACCCGCCUCUUCUUUUCCAGAUCAGAGCCAGAAAGGGUCCACAUCAGAAAGGACCAGGCCAUGGACUUCCAGUUUGGGCGAGAAUACGCAUGGAUGCUGAAUGUCUUCAGUGUGGUGAUGGCGUACAGCAUCACCUGCCCUAUCAUUGUCCCUUUUGGGCUGCUGUACCUGUGCAUGAAACACCUCACCGACCGCUACAACAUGUACUAUUCCUACGCCCCCACCAAGCUCAACGAGCAGAUCCACAUGGCCGCCGUCUACCAGGCCAUCUUCGCUCCGCUCCUGGGGCUAUUCUGGAUGCUCUUCUUCUCCAUCCUGCGAGUAGGUUCCCUCCACAGCAUCACCUUAUUUUCCCUGACUGUCCUUCUCAUUUCCAUGAUGAUUGCCUUUUCUGGCAUUUUUCUGGGGAAGCUUCAGACGGCCACGGACUAUGAGCCCGAGGAGGAGGCAGAGACUGUGUUCGACAUGGAGCCGAGCAGCACGUCCUCCACACCCACCUCUCUCCUGUAUGUGGCCACCGUACUGCAGGAGCCAGAGCUGAACCUGACCCCUGCCUCAUCCCCAGCCCGGCACACCUACGGCACCAUGAACAGCCAGCCAGAAGAGGGAGAAGAAGAAAGCGGUCUGAGGGGCUUUGUGAGGGAGCUGGACUCCGCCCAGUUCCAGGAAGGGCUGGAACUGGAAGGCCAGAGCCAGUACCACUGAUCAGGACUCUAGUCAGAGGCCAGGGGAGAGCCCGGCAGGGGAGGCGGUAAGGCAGACAGACUUCCGGCUUCCCUCCUGCAGACUUCAGGAAGCUCCGAAUGAAGACACACCUGCCAUGCCAUGCCCGCCUCACGGAGACCCCAGCCUGCUAACCAGCUAGAAUCAGGAGGUGCUGAGCGGUGCCCAAGAACCUUGGGAUGGGGUGGAGGCAGCAGACGUGGUGUCCUGGGAGAAGUGGCUGAAAUCCAGGACACAGAGACUGGACACUGGGCAGCCUUGCUGGAGUCAACCUGAAGCACAUGUGAAUAAGGGGAGAAGCAGGAAGGAGCCCGCUGAAAGCUCCCUGGGGGCUCUGUCACCCCUGUCCAGCUGCCAACUAAGAACUUAUGCUGCCCUGGCCCACAGUUCUGCGCUGUAGUCUGAGGAGGCAAAGGUUUGUGUGGGGGGCCACAUGGCCAUCUCCUCACAGGCCCCCCUGCAGGCCAUCCGUAGACUGUGUACCCUGUCUCUGAGCAAGGGGACAACUGCCGGGACAACAGCCCUGGGAAAGAACUGACUGAGCCCCUUCCUGCCCACCCGCCUCCCACCCCCGUCCCAUGUCCCUGGGGAGCCACAGGGGAGCCCUGCUGUCUACUCACUGGGGGAGUGGGGACACAGUCACCCAGGCUCAUUAAAGGAGACCUGCGUGUAGGUGGUAAAGGAAACUGGCUAGUUCUUACUGGUUGCUUUGAGGGUGUAUGUAGUGGGGACUAGAAUUCAUGAAGUAGGGUCAUUUCCCCUAGAACUGGGCACACCUUUCCAAGUCACAGGGCCAAAUGAGAAGACCCCCCCAAAACUUCCUCUGCCCCACGCAUGUGAGCGUUGGACCCCAGCUUGGCUGAGGUAGAGGUCUAGCUCAGUAGCCAGAACUCACAUUUGACACUGAAGGCACUGGUCAUCCCCUGCCCUCAGGCAGGACCCUCCCUAACCCUCUCAGGCUUCCAGCCUCCCCUUACCCCAAAGACCAUGCCAGUAACCUCCAGUGUAGUCCAGGCUCAGACACUGAAAAUGCCUCCCAAAGGUGACAUUACCCCAGCCCUGCUGGGAGUGGGUGGGGCAGGCAUCUUGGGUUCUCCCUGGAGAAGGAUCUUUUCAUGAUCAAGGCUGCCUCCAGGUGGAGGAGCUGAAUCCUGGUCAUGCUGGUAACUCAGUACCUCUGUCCCUGCCUGAGGAGUACGAGUCUCUGCCUGUGGGGACAGACAGCCAUCAGGACUACCACACAGCCUGGCCAGGGCUAACAUGGAAAGGGGCCUUCUUGGACCUCUGAACCACUCAAACUAAGUUGCAUGGGGUCUGAAGGCUCCUGAGCCUCGAGCCCUUCUCUACACGCCUGGGUCUCACCUUCCGAAGGUGGGCCCAGGCUCGUGUCAGCUCAGUAUCUCACCAGACCCCAGGUACCUGGUUUCUCUGAACACAUCAGCCUGGCUGGCCCCUGCUCCACCUCUGCCCACAUCCCAGCCCCAGCAGCUCCAAUCUUCAUCCCAGGACAGAAAUAGUUGCCCAAGGGCCAGAUAUUUUCAUGCCCCACGGGUUUGGCAAGAAACACUGGCAUAGGGAACUUUUCAGGCAGCUUGUGUCAGCUAUGGAAGAGGCUGCCUCCGUGCUUUGUCCAGACCUUUACACACCCCAAUAUCCCAAGACACCCCCCACCCCGCCACUGCUUGGGAUUCCAUCAGUGGAGAAAAGAGCCUUUUCAGAGCAGAGUGGAGAGCGGCCAGUUCUGGGUCCUGCUCAUCCCCCCACCACCCCAGUGUGUAUUUGGUAUAUCAGGGUCUGGGGUGCUAUCAGAGACUGGCCCAAGGGCUCUCCUCCCCUGGGUGCUUCUUCCUGGCACCUUUCCUGGGUCCCUCUGAACUGCUGCUGCUGACUCUCCACUCUUCAUAACCCCAUUUUAGCUGGGGGAGGCUGCAUAUGGCGGGGGGGUCCCACAGAGAGCAUGGCCUCAUGGCUGGAGACUUCCCCUUCUGAACCGGGUCAGGGCAGCCUGGUUGAUGUAAACGUUAGGCAAGUGGCAAACUCCACAGCUCUCAGCUCUAUCUGGAGCAGCCUGGCCUGCUAGGCCUCAACUUCCCAAAGUCAGUGGGGGUGGGGCUCCUUUAAGGCCUCACUUACACACUGCAUCCAGGCACUUCCUUCCAACCUGCUCUCCCAGCCCACUCUGCCUCAAUCCAUCUGGCCAUCUUCCCACCCUACCUACCUCCAAUCCAUCCCCUGAUCCCUUCUAAAGGGAGCUGCCUCUCAGAGGCCCUGGAGUGGCCUAUAGCCUCCCAGAGGGGCCCUCCCUGAGCCUGGAGUGGCCUCCCCUCUGCCUGCCUGUCCCUCAGAUGCCUCUGGAAGCAAAGUGCCUAUCAGCAGUAUUGCGUCCUCUGGGGGCCCUGGAAAGGGUGUGGACUAACCUUGGCCACCACCACUAAAGGAAUGUGCCAGAAUGCUGAACCUUGUUAUCAAUGCUAUGACUGUGCCUUGAAUAAACAAGUCCUCCCAACC